AUGGCUCUCAUCGUUCGCUAUGCCACCGAGGCCGACGUCAAGGCCCUGACCCGCAUCAACAUUGUCUGCUUCCAGCAGUACGGCAUGCUCCGGGCUAUGUUCCCCCAGAGCGAUGUGCCUACCCUGAUGGAGUUCAAGGUGCUCAACGCCAUGAAACACAUGGCCAACCCUCAGAUGAAUGUCUUGACUGUCGAUGACCCGGUGACCGGGGAGGCCGUGUCCUAUACCCGUUGGCUGAUCCCCAAAUCCCUGGGUUUUACCCCUAGCACGCCCGAUCUGAGCGAGAGGGGACUAGCCCUGGCCGAGGCGGCCAAGAAUCCUCUACAGUAUGCGCCUCAGCCAGUCAAUGAGAGCGCCUACAAUGGCUUCCGCAAGAUGCUGGAGGAGGCUCGCGGGAGACAUACCACCGAUCGCGACAUGAUCCUGGACCUGCUGGCCACUUUGCCAUCCCAUCAGGGGCGUGGCAUCGGGUCUGCGCUGCUCCGUUGGGGAACGGAGAAGGCCGAUGCGUGGCAGACACGGAUCUUCCUGGAAGCAACGCCAGAGGGAAUCCCUCUCUACCUCAAGCACGGCUGGAAGAUCGUGGAGGAAGUCACCAUGGAUUUGGACGCCCAUGGCGCCUCCGGAAAGGAAACGUUUACCAUGAUGAUGCGCGACCCGGUUCCAGCUAAAUGA